CGUGGACGUUGUCGUGAUAGGAGGUCUUUAUUCAAAAGCAGAAAAAUUGAUUUUAGUUUUAUUUGAAAAAAAAGGAAUUUUAUUAUUUGAAAAAAAAUUAAAAAAAAAGAAAAUUUUAUUUUCAAUUAUUUUAUAACCAACAAGUUUAAUAAAAAAAACCAAUUAAUAUGGAAGAAAUUAUGAACUUUAAUUGGACUGGAAAAUAUUUCUACUUGGAUAUGUUUCCAAUGAUGCACACACCAUACCCUAUUUUGGCCAUCAUUGCAGUUUAUUUGAUUUUUGUCCUCAAACUGGGACGACUUUACAUGAAAGACAAGCCACCAUUUGACCUCGAUGACCUAUUGAAACUAUAUAAUGUAUUUCAAGUUUGCUGCUGCACGUACAUCGUUCUCGCAGCACAUUUUAUUCACGGAUAUAGCUUCUUUACUUUUUCAAAAUGUAUUCUAAGUCCAGAACCUGUUGGAGAAGAGGAUCCAGUGUCUCUUCAUUUAGUCAGAUUUCAUAUUGAUGGAUAUUUGUUCAUGCUGUUGAGAUUGUUAGAAUUAAUCGAAACAGUUUUCUUCGUUUUGAGAAAAAAGUAUAAUCAGGUCUCCAUACUCCAUGUGUAUCACCAUAUUAGCACUAUUGUGUUAUGUUGGCUUUUCUUAAAGUAUCGCGGAGGCCGCAUGGAAAUGUUCAUCGCAGUUAUCAACUCAUAUGUCCACAUCAUUAUGUAUGCAUAUUACUUCUUCAGUUCAUACAAACGAUUCUUUACAGUGACUAAUAAAAUCAAGCCAUUCAUCACGGUGAUUCAGAUUAUUCAACUCUUCCUGAUCUUAGUUCAAUGCAUAGCAAUCACAUUGUGUGAAAAGUCUAGCCUCAAUUAUGCCAUAGUGAUAAAUUUUAUUCUCAAUAUCAUCUUAUUCUCACAUUUCUUCAUAAAAGCAUAUUUGUGGAAGCCAAAACGACGAGUUGAAAAUAAUAACAAUAACAAUAACAAUCCGGAUGCUGGCAAAAAUAGACAAAUUGUAUUAGCCUAAUGGAGUUCAUCUUUAUUUUAUAUGUUUUAAACUUUUUAAAUCUUUUAUUUUGUAUGAGAAUGUGUUCGAAAUAAAACUUGGAUAUAGCAAGGAAUUUUUAAUUAAUAUCAUGAUAAAAAUCAUCC